CAACAGUCCAUAUAUUUUCGGCCGGGACAGGACAGCAGCAGCUCGGGCAGCAGAGAAAGUGAGAAAUAACUCCGUAAACUGGGAUAUUUGUGAUUGCGAGGGCCGAUGAGCGAACAAAAUCAUAUAUGAAGGGCAGCAGGAUGAAUGUGGAGACUCUCAGUAAAGCUGAACUUCUGAUGCUGCUCAGCAUUCUGGAAGGAGAACUGGAAGCGCAGGAUGUGGUCAUACACACACUCAGGGUACACUCUCCAAGAACCUUAUGGCCCGUUUUCACAGAGUGGUACAGAACGGUACAGGCACAACAGAGAAACACAUUUGUACAGGAGCGAUAUGGACAGUAUGACCUCAGCGACCCGUUUGUAGCACUGCUGAGGGACAGCGAGCUGUCGCAGGCUCAGGAUGAUGGAAGGCAGAGUCCUGUGUGUCUGAAUCCGCUGGGUGUGUUGAAGCUGGUAAUGGCCCACUGCACCAACAUGAAGGAGAAACUGUUAAAACAGCUCGCUGCUGCAGAGAGGAGACACAGACGGGUAAUAGCUGACUUAGAAGAAGAGAAACGAAGACGUGCUCAAGACGCCGCUGCUGGUGAUGACAUAACUGACAUGCUAGAAAGGGAACGAGACAGACUAUUGCAGCAGUUGGAGUCUGAGAGGGCUCAGCUUGAGCGACUGGAACGUGAGCGGUCAGUCCUGUCGAGUCAAGCUGUGGAAGAUUUAGCAGAGCAACAGCAGUUAUCCUCAACCCUAGCUAAAGAAUGUCAGAAGGCUACAGCCCGCGCUGAGGAGGAGAGCCAGCGUGUGGCAGAGCUCAGCCGCCAGCUGGAACAAGAAAGCAGAGCUAUGGAAAGCCUAAAGGGGGAGCUAGAGAGCGAACGCACUCGGGCUCAGCAGAUAGAGGCGAGAACUGAGCGAAAGCUGGCUGAAUUUGAUACAGAGCGUGAGCAAAUGAGAGGGAAACUACUGAAGGAGGAAAAACGAUACCAGGAGCUUUUGGAGCAGUUCAAUAGUCUAAAGAAAGAGUUGGAUGAAAUGAAAGAAAGAGAAAAGGCUGGGUUGGACAAUGAAGAGAAGCUAAAAAUCCCACAUAAAGCAACUUCAGGUAUCACACCUCCUGUUAGUCAAGUAGAAGCUGAUGGCAAAAUCGCUACACCUAAAGCAUCUCCACAACAUAAACAAAAUGGUCACCACACUCCCCGAGAACCAGAAUUUCCUGCAGAAGAAAGGUGUAAGGAAGAGGGAUUGGCAGACAAUGGGGUAGUACUCCCUGGUGGAAGCGGAGGCUUUCAGUGUCUCUCCCCCAGCAGUCCUGCCUCUUCCUCCCUUAGCUCAUCUCCUUGCUCUUCUCCUGUACUGACCAAGCGUUUGGCCUCUCUAGGUUGCUCUAGUCCGACCUAUCCUUCUUCUUACCAGGCUAGCAUUAACCAGCGAUUCCAAGCAGCACGCCACAAGUUUCAACAGCAAGCUGAGGCAGAGCAGCAACACGGAGGAACUGUUGUCCACUCGCCUCGAGACCUCUCACCAACUGCCUGCACUCCACCCCCUCCAGACAAUUCUACUGCAAAGCAGAUUGCCCGCAACACUGUCACUCAGGUGCUUUCACGGUUCACAAACCCAGUCUCAAGUAAACUCCCUCAGUCCAACAGUUCACCCUUUGGCACUGAUUACCGCAACCUGGCUGCUGCCUCUUCACCAACAGGGAAGAGUCCAGGGAUUCUUUCACCAGGGAUCCGCUCGCCAAUCAUUCCUAGAGCAGAAAAAUUUCAUUCCCCACCGGUUCCUGCCAAAAAACAAGGGGUCAACCAGUCUCCUAACUCACCGGUUCCUUCUAGCAGGGCCAGCCACUUCCCUGAGCUCACUGGGAGCUGUGGUCUGACCAGUAGUCAGGAAGAUGCUAAAGAGCUUGACUUGGUAGUAUCUUCAUCUAGUUAACCACCCUAGAGUCCACGGCCAAUUCUUAGCGUUCUUCACUCCAUUCCCUCUAAUGGCAUGUAAAGCACUCUGGGUUUAGUAUGUGGGUCAAACUCAAGGUUAUCUUAUUCUUUUAUUAUUUUACUGUGAUGUUCUAGUGUCAUAGUUGCUGGUUAUUGUCUUUAAAGGGAUAGCUGCCCCAAAACUGAAAAUGUGUUUUACUAUCCUUACCCAAAAAACAAGGGGUCAAUCAGUCUCCUAACUCACUGGGAGCUGUGGUCUCACCAGUGGUCAGGAAGAUGCUAAAGAAGUCCUGAAAAAACGUUUAGCUCCAACCCAAAUCAAACACACCUGAACCAGCGAAUCAAACUCUUGAUAGAUAUACUAGAAACUUCCUGGCAGGUGUGCCGAAGCAAGUUGGAGCUUAAUUCAGCAGGACACCAGCCCUCCAGGACUGAGUUUGGAAAGCCCUGGUCUAGUGUCAUAGCUGCUGGUUCUUAUCUUUAAAGGUAUAGCUGCCGCAAAACCUAAAAUUUGUUUUCCUAUCCUUACCCUGAAUAAUCUUUGGGACACAAAUUAAAUUGGUUUCUAUCAGUCCAAACUUGAAGGUCCAAACUUAGAAUCAAAACUUAGGAGAUCCAAAAAGGUCAUUGGGGGGCACUUAUUCAAAAUCCCAUUUAAACCUUUGGAGACCUAACUACAAACACACAGUGGUGGAAGUGAAACCUUUCAGGUUUCAUUAAAACGUUUAAGUAACGGUUUUAAAGACUAACCAAAGUCUUAGAUUGACAUGAAGUUAAAUAAUGACUUUAUCUUUAUAAAGUUUAUCCUAAUGACUAAUGACAAAUUUUGAUUAUUUAUUGUGGAUUUUACGCAUCGUUAAAUCAAGACGUUGCCAAUUCGCUUAUAAAAUAAAAUAGAAAAAACCCUGACAUGGAAUAAACUGUAAAACCUACAACAUCCAAGUAAAUCACUCUCAACAUUAGGCUAUUAAAAGUUCAGCUUAAUCUUCUAAACAAAUCUGACAACACUGCACAAUUGAUCUCCCACACUGCAUCUUUGUUGUUUCAGUUUGAAUUUGGUGCACAUACACACCUUUUUAUUAGAUAUCCAGUAUAGCUUAAGUAAUAUGGUGUUGGUUUCCCAGUGUUGGGUUGCGGCUGGAAGGGCAUUUACUGCAUGAAACAUAUGCAGGAUAAAUUGGUGGUUCAUUCCGCUAUGGCGACCCCUGAUUAAUAAAGGGACUAAGCCGAAAAGAAAAUGAAUGAAUGAGUAUGAUGUUGCCACAAGGAAAAGUGCAUGCACCUGCUCAGACCGGGACAUGGUGGUUCAAUAAGUACUUUUCCAGUUUUUAUAAAUGACAUUACAGAUUAAAGAUUUAAUAGAGAUUAAAUCUAAGCAUACACACAGUUCAUAAAUGAGGCCCCAGGUCUUUGAAAAUGAUUAACAAAAAGACACCCAGGUUAUGAAGUGCUGUGAUGCUUUACGAUGGAGAACCAUUAGUCUUAUGCCUGGAGUGUGCAGCUCAAAUCCAGGAAUGCCACUGUUUGUUCAAGGUUUAGCACCAUACCUAAUCAAACACACUUCCCUGUUAUUUUUCAAAUAACCUUAUCUACAUUUCCCUAAGCCACAUGCCAAUAUGUGUGAAUUCUGUUCAACUGUAAUCAAUUAGUAAAGUGUUUAUAAAGGAAUUUGGGUAUGACAUGGUGGCAUAAUUUUCUUCAUUAAUUACCAAAAGGCUACUAAUUGGAAUUAAAAUAUUUCAGCAGAUGUGCCAAAAUAAACAGUAUUGGUUAUCUUUUUCAUGUCUGUAUGAAGGAGGACAGUGCCCCUUCAGCACCAGAGUGCCCCCCCUACUGGUCUAGUAGAGAUAGCCAAUGUUGUUGCUGGCAAACUUGGUUACUUGCUUCAGAAUUUGCUUUUCAGUUUAAACAAAUACACCUGGACCAAGGUGAUAAGGAUUAGUUGAAGAUGAAAGGCAGGUUGUGUUGGACAGGGUUGGAACUGAACUCUGCAGGAAGGUAGAUCUCUAGGAUUAGGCUUGGCAGUGGUUCCCAAUCCAAGACCUGGAGCACCUCCAACUCUGCAUAUUUUUAUGCCUUACACCUGAUUCAACUCAGCAGCUUGUUAAGACUUCAGGAAUUGAAAUGGUUGUGUCAGAAAUCCAUAAUGUGUACAUUUGGGGAUCCUUCAGAACUGGAUUUGCGAACCAUUUACCCCCAACCCUAACCCACCCAACGGGUUUCCAACACUACUCUCGAAUGCAGAGUUUAGUUCCAACAGUAAUUAAACAUAACAAGACGAGCUAAUCAAAGUCCACAGGAUUCCAAGAAAUAUCCAUGUAUGGGUAAACAUUUUUAGAAGGUGGUUCUCCAGGAACAAGACUGGACCAUCCCUGCCUUAUCCAUACUGGACUGGUCGGGAAAAGUACACCUAGAGCUGAUAGCUUUUUGAAAUGUUUUGAUAUCCCUGAACAAACUCUAGUCUGAGUCCAUCUCAUCCCAAUUGUGUAAAAUACUACUUUAUUUUUUGUUACUGUUUUUAUUAUAAAACAAUAUUUUUAUUUAUCCUACAAUUAUAUUGAUGUCAGUUCCUGAUGACCUGCACACAUAGAAAUUUAAAUAUGUAAAGUAAAAACUUUACUUUUAUGAGAUGGAAUGCUUAUCAGCUUUGACCAACCUACUAAUGAGUAACUUCUCAAUCAGUCUGGUGAAAGUGUGUUCUAUAUUAAACUCAUGGUUACCUUUUUUGUGGAGCAGUCAUAUAAGAUGUUCGAUUGCUGUACAUGUCUUUUGAGUCCACGUCGAAACAAACUACUGGAGAUAUUUUCUGAGGAACUGAAAUGAAGCUGUCAUGGAAAAUCUCUGCGUUCUACUGUAUUGCACCGUCCACAUCAUCUAGUGUCAGUCUGCUCAGAAAGCUGCCACCUGGUGGUCGGGAAGCAUUAAACAACCUGAAAACCUUCUCUGUAAAUGAAGAUUGAAAAUGCUUGUUUUAAUGAAUGUAAACGAUAUUCAGAAUCAAGUUGACAUUUUAUGCUCUGAGAAUGCAUUUAAUAACAACAUCUGGUUGUAUCACAUGUAUUAUAUAUGUUUAUACUGGACAGCCUUAUAUUUAAAAUAUAAUAUUAACCCUAAAUAUUAGGUAGAACCUAUAAUACCAGUUUACAUGAUUCACAACCAUGAUUAAGCACAAAUGUCAUAAUUUAAUGGAUACCUUGGAACUUUUUCUUGUCUUACCUGUGUCCUUUUUUAACAGUCUUUUGAGGUUCAAAAUUUAUGUUUGUGUAAACAUCUUCCUGGCAUGAAGGUAUUGGCUCAGUUGAAUCCAGCAGCAUAGUCUUACCUUGCUUAUGCAAGAAUCAAGGACGUUAGUUUGUAUGAGUGAAUGUGAUGCAUGUAUCUGUCCUUUUCCUACAUAGAUUUCAGCUGCUGUACUGUCAUUUAUUUCUGCAUUUCAAUACCUCACCAUUUUUCCUACUGAAUUGAAACCUCUUUAAGUAGCAGUUUAGAUUUUUACUACUGGCAGGCUUAUUAUUUUUUAAUUUUUAUAUUCUUACCAGGGACUUGAUCAGACCAGUUUUUAAAGUUUUAUCUAGUUGUAUAAAAAUACAUUUGUUAAACUAGUUGCAUUUUUCCCUAGAUUAUUUUUACAGCAAGUUAAUGACCUUAAAUGAAUUUAAGACCAACUGUAUUUUCCCCUAAGCUAAUAAAAUUUUGUUUAUAAGUUUAAAA